GCUCGAGCCGUGUGAGUUUCGUUCAGUGUUGUUUUACUAUCAAUCCCAAGCAGCUCUUCGAAUAAGCGGCAUUCGGUAGUUGUAGCGGCAGUCCGUACUCCGUUUUGUGUUUAACCACUAGUCGACCAUACGCGUCUUUUCGCCGAGCGUCCAUCGUAAUUGCAUUCGUUUUGCUGUCCCGUCAUCGUCGUUCAAUAUUCUUUCGUCCGUCGUUGCCGCCGACGCCACUGCCGCCGCCGCCGCUUGCUAUUCGCCCCGGCUCGCAACAUCAUCCGUAUCGCACGUGUUGUACGCGACCAAAUCGUCGCCGUCGUCGUCCUUCCCCCCUCCUCACACUGUGCGGCAGUGUAGUAGUAGGAAGUAACCGAAGCAGCAGCGUUGUCACAGCUAUCGCGGACGCGAUUACCGCCGAAACGGUCAACCGCGGACAAGAAACAGUCCCGCCGACGACGAGUUGCAUUUGUUCUUGCGUGCAUCAAGACUUCGUAUAAUAUCUUCCGCUGACUUACCGCGUACCAUACAAAAUGGAUCAAGAAGGUAAUAAUGGCCGAAGAAGGAGCUCAAGGUUGGCUGCUAGAGGCAUAGUGACUACACCGAAACCUGAAAUUAUUGUUAAAAAGACAGUGAAGAGUUCUGAAAAACCUAAACGAUCAAAACGUAAGACAACUGAAGAAACAAUUGAAUUGCCUGAAGCUAAAAAAACUAAAACUGAGGAUAAGACAUCGUCUGAUGAGAUUGACAACCCAGACAAAAAUACUAACAAUGUUGAUAAGGUAGAUGAAAAUGAUAUCUCUGGUAUUUCACCAAUGGAUGUUGACAAUGUUGAAGAAACCAAUGUGUCACCUCCCCUUGAUGUAGAGAAAAAAGAUUUACCAACAGUUGAGGAAAAGACUGAAGUACCGCUUGAAGAUUCCAAGGAUCAAGAGGAUGUUGAAAAACUUCCAGUCGCUAAUGAUGAAAAAGAAAAGGAUACUAAGCCAGUUGAAGCUAAAGAUGAAAAAUCUGAAAUUACAGAAGAACUGAUUAAAGUUAAAGAUUCUGAAAUAACCGAACCGUCUGUGAAUGAUGUAGUUAAAGAUGAGCCUAAACAAGAACCAGUAGUAUUGGAAAAUACCAAUGGAAAAAGUGAUGAAAAAGAAAAAAUUGAAUCAGUGGAAGAAAUUGUGAAUAAUGAUAUUGGAUUCUGUGUAGCAACUAAAGAUGUUGUCACCCCAAAUGGUGAUACUGAAGAACAAGUCAAGUCUACAAAUGGUGAUGAAUCAAUCGCGGUAAUAGAGGCAAUAGAACCUAUCAAAGUUCUCCACGUUGAAACAGAUUUUAAAGCUGUAACUGCUACCACUGCCAUCACCACCAACAAUGAUGCACCGGUUAUUGGACAAGUUGAAAAGGAGCUAGAUAAAGCUGCUGACAAUGUUGUCGAUAAUAAUAUUAAUGCAUCAGCUGAUGACAAUGCACCAAAAGUGGACCAGUUAUCAACAGUUGUGUCCUAAUUUUUGCCAUUAUUCGUUUUAUAAUGAAGAACAUUUAGACUUACAUUGACUUUCUACUGAUAAUAUAUUAUAACCGUGCUCAGUAGUUAACAUAUUCUUACUUUGUUUCUUUCCUUUACAUUAUAUACAAUUUUUAUAAAUAAGAAUUGUAGUAAAUAUUUGGAAAUAUAUAUGUUAAUUGUACUUUGCCAAAAGGCCAUCACGAAAACUCAUCAUUUUUUUUUAUGUAGAAUUUAUACAAAAUUUAUGUUGAAAAAUUACUUAUAAUUUAUAGUAUUAAAAAAAUUUAAAUUGUAUUUAUAUAACUAAAAAAAAAGAAUAAAAUAAUUUUGGUACUUAUAUUUUAAGCAUAUUUUUGGUUUGUAUGUAUAAUGUUGUCAUUGUUUAUUUUUUUAUUUAAUGAAAAACUUAAUUCUUCAUUUAAUGACAUUUCGAAUUGUAAAAUGAAUACUGUUGUCAGUUUUCAUAAUUUGCAAAUUACACGGUGGUAAUUUUAUUGAUAAAUAUUGAUAAAUUGCUAAAAAGUUAAUCAUUAAUAUUAAAAAUAAACAACUCAAAAUGUACUGCUGAUUAAUUUAUUUUAAUUAUUUGAGCAAUCAUUUUAUAAUUUAUCAUACAAGACGUGUAAAUAAUUCAAAUUGUAUAAGUAAGCAACAAUUUCAAUUUUAUUUAGGAAUUAUUAGUGAAGUAUCUUAUAUUAGAAGUGUUUUUCUUUUUAAAUUAUUAAAUAAAUUAUCAUAAUAUUCAGUGUUUUUUUUUCUGUACAAAAAGUUUAAAUUUUAUUUAAUAUGGAUGUGUUUGUACUUUUUGUUUGAAAUAUUAUUUAUAAAACAUUUUUUGUUGUGAUCUUGAAAAUGUGAGUGUUAAUGUCUUAUUUUAAAAUCUAUAUAUUUUUACCUCUUUCUAUAUUAUUGUUUUACCAAUUUAAUACUGAUGUGGAACCUAAGGAAAGGUACCUUAGAUAUUGUAUUCUUAAAUAUUAAAAAUAUAUUUGAUGUAAAGUGGUAGACAUUCAUAAAUUUGUUUUUUAAAUGUAUAAAGUUCAAGCAAUAUUUUGAAAGUUUAUUUUAAUUGAACUUUUUACUGUGCUCAUAGUACAUGUACUGAAAUUCUAUGGAUUUCUAAUCUGUAAUGUGUAUAGUGGUGAUUCUAUCCAAAAAAUUCUGUAUUCCUUUAUGAAAAAUCAAUGUUUCAUCAAGCAAAUCAGUUUUAAAAAUUUAUUUAGAAUUUAAUUAUUUUUUAUUUAAAAUGCAUUUAUUUUCAGAUAUACUCAAUUUAAAUUUUACUACAUGUGUAUUCAAAAAUCAUUUAUAAUCAAUAGUUGGUUAUUAACUACUAUUAAUUCUCUACUACCAGUAAUAAAUAAUGUAAUUCAAAUUAAUAAGUUUAAUACUUAUUAAAUUCAUAUUUUACAUAAACCUGUGCUCUCCUGCAUAUGUGUGGGUUAUGGAACUAAUAGUAUUGUUAAAUAUAAUUAAUUGCAUUGAUUUUACUUGACAAUACUUUUUGUAUGAUUGCUAUUAAAAUGUAUUUUGUUCAUAUUUA